GUUAUCGAGCGCUUCACAUAGGACGCCAAUAGUUUCCAUCUCUAGCUCGUGUGUCAAAAUAAAUAGAGAUCCGCAGCACGCAAUUGCGCGGGGCGUUUCGACCAAUUGAAAGAAAUCAAAGAGCGACGAAGGAAGAGAGCUCCAGCUAAGGAGAGAAAAGGAGAGAGAGCGACACGAACACAAACGCAAACGCAAACACAACAGACGCAAAUUGAGGCAAGGCAGUGUUCUUUGUUGCAAAUUAUAGUGGGGCCCACCUACCACCGCUCCACCCCUCGCCACUGGCCCCCCUCCCAGCUGCAGUGCGACGCCAAAGCAUACGCUUCCCGGCCGAUCGGGGUUCUGCAGUGCGACAGUAGAUCCAAGACAGAGCUCCUAUGCAGACGUCCCUCUCUCUCUCGCACUGAACAACUCGCCGCUGUCGCCGACUGCAAAUUGGAAGGAGCGCAAGUGCAAGUGCAAGUGCAAGUGAAGCGGAAGCGGAAGUGGAAGCGGAGCCAUGUCGGCGGUUAAUCAAAAGGAGAGUCCCAGUCGGGAAUCGACAGCCUCGACAUCCGGCAACGUCUCCAUGCAGGGUGACAACACUAUGGAGUCGCUCUCCAGGGACUACAGCAUGGGCAGCCUCAAUUCGGCCGGCAGCCAGGACGAGUUCUAUCGCUCCCGUGAUCAUGCCGACACUAUCCUUAAACGGAUGCAACACUACGUGGACAGCCAGCAGCUCUGCGACGUGGUCCUCAUCGCUGGAAACGAUGGCAAGCGAGUAUCCGCCCAUCGUCUGGUGCUAUCGGCCUCCAGUGCCUACUUCUCGGCCAUGUUCACGGGAUCGCUGCGCGAGACCAAGGAGCAGGAGGUGACCCUGGGCGAGGUGCAUGGCGAUGCCCUGCAUAUGCUGGUGCAAUACUGCUACACUGGAUUCAUCGAGAUGCGCGAGGAUACCGUGGAAACGCUCCUGGCCACGGCCUGUCUGCUUCAGUUGAACGAGGUGGUCAACGCCUGUUGUAAUUUCCUAGCCCGCCAGCUCCAUCCAUCCAACUGCCUUGGAUUCGCCUUCUUUGCGGAGCAGCAGAGCUGCAUCACACUGCUCCGGCUGGCGCAGUCCUACACCUGUCAGAACUACAUGCAGGUGUGCCAGAAUCAGGAGUUCUUCCAGUUAAACGCCGAUCAACUGACGAAGCUGCUGGGCAGCGACGAUCUCAAUGUGCCCUCGGAGCAGGACGUCUUCCACAGUCUGAUGUCGUGGGUGCGCCACGACCCCACUGCCCGCGAGCAGCACAUACCAGAUUUGCUGGCCCUAGUGCGCCUGCCGCUUCUGAAGCCUGCCUUUAUUAUGGAUCACGUGGAGAACGCGUGCAAGGCCAACGCGUGCCAGAAGCUAGUAAUGGAGGCCUUCAAGUGGCACCUAAUGCCGGAGCGCAGGUCCCGCAUUGCCACAGAACGAACUAAGCCCCGCAAGUCGACGGUGGGUCGUCUCCUGGCCGUCGGCGGAAUGGAUGCCCACAAGGGUGCCAUCAGCAUUGAGAGCUACUGUCCGCGGCUGAACAAGUGGACACCGUGGAAGCACAUGACUGGUCGUCGGUUGCAAUUCGGCGCCGCUGUGUUGGAGGACAAGCUGAUCUUGGUCGGAGGCCGCGACGGACUAAAGACCCUAAACACCGUGGAGAGUCUUGAUCUAAAUACAAUGGUCUGGGCGCCGUUCAAUGCAAUGGCCACGCCACGUCAUGGACUGGGCGUGGCGGUGCUGCAUGGACCGCUCUAUGCGGUGGGCGGUCACGAUGGCUGGAGUUACCUGAACACUGUGGAGAGAUGGGAUCCCAUUGCACGCAACUGGAGCUAUGUGGCACCCAUGUCCUCGAUGCGUUCCACCGCCGGCGUGGCUGUGCUAGGCGGUCGCCUGUAUGCUGUGGGCGGACGUGAUGGUUCCGUCUGUCAUCGUUCAAUUGAAUGCUACGAUCCGCACAUCAAUAAAUGGAGUCUCUUGGCUCCAAUGAACAGGCGACGCGGAGGUGUCGGUGUGACGGUGGCCAAUGGCUUCCUGUAUGCUUUGGGUGGCCACGAUUGCCCAGCCAGCAAUCCCAUGGUUUGCCGCACGGAGACAGUGGAGCGCUAUGACCCGGCCACCGAUACGUGGACACUGAUCUGCUCGCUGGCCGUGGGCCGAGAUGCUAUUGGCGCCGCCCUGCUAGGGGAUCGUCUUAUCGUCGUCGGCGGCUACGACGGCAAUCAUGCGCUCAAGAACGCUGAAGAGUACGACCCGGUGCGGAAUGGAUGGAACGAGUUGGCGCCGAUGGCCUUUGCCAGGGCCGGUGCCUGUGUGGUGGCCAUUCCUAAUAUUAUAUCGCCAGCGACCCAGCAGACGCCGCCCGGUGCUACAGUUUAGUUUAAAUCCACUCCGCUUUCGGUUUCAGUGUAGUCUCUCGUCAAUUGAAUCGCCACAAAGGGUUGUAAUUCAUUGAUAUCCCGUUUCGGAAAGCCUCUUUUGAAUACUUUUUCAAUUUUUGAAAUCUUCCUCGAAUGGUGGUCGAUGCUUUUGGUGAAAGUUAGCACUGAAAUCGAACUUUUUAAAGUAGUUGUUGUUACUGUUGUUGCUGUGAGCUGCUCUUGUUCUUUUGAACCCAGCCAAGUGUUGCUAAACGCAGCUAGCAGCACAAUUGCGCCGCCGCCUCGCUCUCGUCUCUGUGUUCUUUGACAUUGAUAUCGCUUUUGCUAUUGUAUAUGACACAACAACCAAACCCCGUUUAUGGCAUCACUCAUUCCCUAAAGCAUUCCAACACAAAAAAGAAACCUACUUUCCAAAAGAAGGUACAUACCCGUGAAAUCUCAUAGAUUUUAUAAGAAACGCAUGCAGCUACUGCGAGGCUUUCAAGCUAACCUUGUUCUCUUCCUACCUACCUACCUGUAAUUAACCGAAUGUAUAAACAAUCGCUAUAACUUGUAGUUACUGUCCCAUCGUCAGCACUCACUACAUGCUUUGCACCACACACCGCACACUAAAUGCAUUCCGAAAUCUCCAUUGAUAUCAUUUAAAUCGGAGCUCGUAAGAUGGUUUUAUUGUUAUAAUCAUGCCACAUCUCUCCCAAAGAGAACAGAAACUGGAAGCAAUCUUGCGAGCUCUGGUCUAAACUACUAUACUAUACUAUAUAUCCUAGACUAUAUAAGACUGCGCCAAGCCAAAAUUCCAAAAUUCAAAAAGAAAAUAGGGAAGAAGAUACAUUGCAUGUAAAGUGUUAAUUUCUACUACAUUUAAAAGACAAAACGAAAACAAUCAAAACAAAGACAUACAUAGCUGCGAAUGCGCUUAGUUUUAGUUAGUGAAAUAAUUGUGUAUGUUAACGUAUGGCAUUAUCUGAAUGAUUUCGAUAUCAGUUUGCAUUAUUUUAGUUAAGUUAUUGUUUUCGAUAUAGUAGCCUGUAAGUAUUAGAAAUAUUUGUGUGCGUGCGUACAGAAAACGAGCAUUUAUUUCUAAUUUA